AAGCUUUACACAGCGGCAUUCAACCCGUAGCUCGAUGGGUGUGCUUCCAUCGACAGAUCACUCAAUCGGACGAUCCACAGCUGGGCAGAGGAGUCGGACUCGUGUAUCUCGGGCUUGGAGAAGGAAGGGCAAGGGCCUCAAACACUCGCAGCAAGACUCCAUUACAUGAGGCGUGCGCUACACUCUCCAUCGCACGUGCGAGCGUGUCCUUCUCAAUAUAUUCAACAACAGAGUAACCUACCAGCCCUUACGCUUUAUAUUUCCAGACUGCAACCGACGCCAGCUUUUUGGUGGAGCCUCUGCCAACCUCCUGCAAAGGACAAAUCGAGCGAGAAGACACAGAAACAAUCCAGACCCAUACGGCGACCAGCCCAAGGCUCCACCUUGAAUCAAAUACACAUCGCGUCUCUUUGCGUGAAACGAUCGAGCAAAGCGCCUCUCGAGCUCAGGAGCGAGCACAACUCAGUCGUCCAAGAACCAACCGACUAAGACCCACCAGAUCCCAUCCACUUGUCCGUCAUGGCGCUUCGAGCUCGAUCCACCAAGCGCGCGCGUCCGCAGACGUCGCCCAGUGCCAAGCACGUGAGUUGCGACGACGUGUAUUUCCGCCAAGCGGGACUCGUGGACAACCAGCUCGACGACCAGCCGCGUCGUAAGCGUGCGAUGGUCUCUGCUAACCUACGAUUCCUAGAGAAAAUGCCUCCGUUACGAGACUACCAGCGCGGCCGCUUUGGGCGUCGAGGAGGCGUCGACGGCGGCGCUCCGCACGCUUCAGACGGCGGCAGUUCGCUCUGGAUGCGAGCGCUGGAAGAGUCAAUGGAAGAGACGAGCUUCGUGACGCGCGAGGCGCCUACCUGUGCGGCGUUGGUGGCUCCUGUGCCUAUUCCCGUGGACAACCGGAGGAGUACAAGCUUCGUCCCGGUCCCCGUAGCAGUGCUCGGAGCCGGACGGGUAGCCAUCUCGGCCUCGCCCAGGUUCAGUAGUGCAGACGAGGACGCGAUCCGGAGACGACGGCUCUUCGCGUUGCAAGCGGCGCGAGGCGGCAAAGACGACGAGGCUCGACCGGCCACAGAAGGCUUGGCCUUGUAGCUCAGGAGGGUUUUUGGUGCGCUUAUUCCGUAGGAAUGACGACUGCUAGGACUUUUGCUCUACGUUUGUGUGGUGUAACACUCGUCUAGCUAACGUCUCUGCGCACCUCAUUGAUCGGAGCUAGAGGCGGACGACCUUGGUCACUUACCUGGCUGUCGGUAUCGAGUUCGUCGCCUAGAAUACGGUCCCAUUUCUCCUCUGCCGACAUGGCAAAGGCGUUCUGCUGUAUAGUACGUUGUGAGUGUCGAGGUGGCAGCUUCCAGUUGAGAUGGCUGCUGGCCGUAGGGCUAGAUGGCCGUCCGCAGCCGAACGGUGUCGGCCGGACGAGCUGCGAUUGACUGCCGGCGUCUGAUACCCGUGAAGACAACGACGAAGACGACAAGGGACAGCCAGAUAGUUUAGGGCGCUUGGCUUGAGGAGGGGCGUUCUCUUCAUCUGUCAGGCGGUCGUCUGUGGUGAGUCCAAGGCUGGACGUGCGACCUUGGUCAACCUUGCACAGUACUUCCCCUUCAAAGCCGCUGCCUUUGCCAUCUCGUCUUCGAUUAGCUGGGUUUCGCACGCGCUUAACGUGGUCUCGUACAGGACGACGCUCGAACUCCUUGAGAUCCUGCGCGUUGAUGCUGGAGCUGGGGAGAUCGUGCAAGGCAGCGAGCGGCUUGAAGUUCUCACUUACCUUUGGGCUUCGGAAGUUGACGAUGUGAUCGGAAGAGCCCAAGACGCUGUCAAGGUGCGUCCAGGAUGAUCGCGAUGACGGGCGUGGCUUCUCGUAGCGGAGACGUGAAAUCGCAGCUCGAGUGUUGACUGGAUCUUCUUGGGAUGAGUUGUUAGUGCUUUGGUCGUCACGUCGGUGGGGCAGGAUCAUGCCGCUGCUUUCGGAUGAUGUAGAGGACCGGGUUCUGCUUGUGUUUGGCUUUGAAGUCGUCUGCUCAUCGAGUAACAUGGUCGCAGCUGUAUCUUUCCACACGUAACUUUCGUGUGUUAUUGGGUGGAUUUCGCCCGCCGCGAUGGACGCAACCACGUCGUCUCGAAGCUCCACAUUGCCGAGAAAGUGAAGUCCUUUAUCCACCAGUGGCAGAAUAUCUUUCGAAAUGUCCAGAGGACUCAGCAUUUUCAACUUCUGUUAGAUCAAGCAAAAACAAAACAUUAGAAAUAAAAAAAAUGGUAAUAUAUCUAAUCAAUUCAAACGUA